AUGAGAAAACAACUCCCGGCAUCUGUUGAAACUGGUAUUGUUGAAGAUGCAGCAAAUUUAUCAUCAACAAGGAUCAAUGAUCAAUCUGAAAACGAUGAUUUCUCUCCGACAAGUUUUGACGAUAACAAUGGACCAUUGGCUGAUGAUAUUAUUUUUGAAAUUCUUCAAUUCCUUGAUUCCAUGUUGAUCAUUCAAAUUUGUAUGAAAAUUUCAAAACAAUGGAGACGGGUAUCAUUUCAAAUUCCUCUCUCAUUAGCAUUCAUACCAAAUCACUUCAAACAACCAAAGCAUGAGUCCAUCAAACUUUUAGCUGAUUGUGAAUAUGUGAAGAAUUUGACUUGUUUGAGUCUGGAUACCAAUCAAAUUGGCAAUGAAGGUGUUAAAUAUAUUGCUGCAAGUGAAUACUUGAAUAAUUUGACUUAUGUGAAUCUGGAAUGGAAUAGAAUUAGCAAAGAAGGUGCUAAAUAUUUUGUCGCAAGUGAAUGUUUGAAGAAUUUGACGUCUUUGAAUUUGUAUUACAAUGAAAUUGGCAAUGAAGGUGCUAAAUAUAUUUCUGAAAGUGAGUGCUUGAAGAAUUUGACUUAUUUGAAUCUAGAUAGAAAUCAAAUUGGCAAUGAAGGUGCUAAAUAUAUUUCUGAAAGUGAAUACUUGAAGAUUUUGACUUCUUUGAGUCUGGACGACAAUGAAAUUGGCAAUGAAGGUGCUAAAUUUCUUGCUGCAAGUGAAUGCUUGAAGAAUUUGACCUUUUUGAAUCUGGAUAGAAAUCAAAUUGACAAUGAAGGUGUCAAAUAUAUUGUUGAAAGUCAAUGGUUGAAGAAUUUGAGUUUGUUGUCUUUGGAAGAUGAUUAG